AAUGAAACAUAUAUAUUUUACCAAAUAAAACCCUAAACAACAAAACUCAGCUCUGCCCUUUGUAUCAGAAACAAGUUUGAAUCACACUGAAAGCAAAAGCUCACCGGAAAACGCAGCCGGAGUUUGUCCUCCGUCGCCGGAAACACGCGAUUUGCAGAGCUCAACUCAGCAUCGGAAUUGCGUGCUCAAGCGUUGAUAUUGAUAACACAUACAAUAUAGUCACUAUACUUAGUAACUUUUACUAGAAAUGGAGGGAACAAUUGAGGAUGAAGUGGUAGAUAUUGAGAGUGCUUCUGACGGUUCUAUAAACGAUGAUUCAGAUGACGAGGGAUCUUUGCCUUCUGAAAUUGAUGACAAACUGAAUCUUGAGGAACCUCUAACUGAGGCGGAAAUUGAAGACCUUAUUUCUGAGCUGUUAGAAGUGGAGAGUAAGGCUGCGGAGGCCCAAGAAACUCUUGAAGAGGAGUCUCUUGCUAAAGUGGAGAAUGAAGUUAGACAAGAACUGGAGCAAACUCUACAGGGGGAUGAUCUGGAAACUGCUGUUGCUGAUGAGAUGGCUACUUUUAAAGAAGAUUGGGAAGCUGUUCUUGAUGAACUUGAAACUGAAAGUUCCCACUUACUGGAACAACUUGAUGGGGCUGGAAUUGAACUCCCAAGCCUUUAUAAGUGGAUUGAAAGAGAAGCUCCCAAUGGUUGCUGCACCGAAGCGUGGAAAAAGAGAAAUCACUGGGUUGGGUCUCAGGCAACUGCUGAAAUUGCUACGUCAAUAUCUGAUGCUGAGAAAUAUCUACAAACACACAGACCUGUUAGAAGGCGACAUGGCAAAUUACUGGAAGAGGGUGCUAGUGGUUUUCUCCAAAAAAAAAUUUCUCCUGAAACCCAGGAGUCUGGAAAAAAAGAAAUUGAGGGGGACUGGGAUGCAUUUAAUAAAAUAGUUUCCGAUGGGAGUGGUAUUGAUGCUUCGUUUGGCAGUAAGACUUGGGCUUCUGUUUAUUUGGCCAGCACUCCACAGCAAGCUGCCUUGAUGGGACUCAAUUUUCCUGGAGUUAAUGAGGUGGAGGAAAUUGAUGAUGUUGAUGCCAAUUCUACCGAUCCAUUUGUUGCAGCUGCCGUUGCAUAUGAAAGAGAAUUAGAUCUUUCCGAUGAACAAAGUAGACAUUUCAAAAAGGUCAAAGAAGAGGAUGAUGCUAUCGUUGAUAAGAAGCUUCAAAUACGUUUGAAACAUAGGAGGCAUCAAAAGAAAAGCAAACAAGAAGGAACUAGAGAUGAAGGAGAAGGUCUGUUUGACAAUAACAAUGUUGCAUGUCAGAAUAUGGAGGACGAUAAAGUUAAUGGUUUUGAUGCCAAUUUUCAUCUUGACCAAGAAAAUCCUGUAAGACCUGGUAAUUUGUUAGAUCCACCCAAAUCUUCAUUGAGUGAUGCUAUUGAGCAAAGAGGAACCAAGCGACUAAAUGACGGUGAGCUUGACGCUGAUAAAAAGAAAUGCCGGAUUGAUAUCAUCAACAGUGAUGAUGAAGUAUACGUUGCCGAAGAUAAGUUGAAUUGCAAUAUCAUUGAGGAUCAAUAUAAUAUAAAGGGUUUGUGCAGCAGUGGUGCUGACUCUUUUCCUUCGGAGGGUCCGAAUGAGAAAUUUUACUGCACAAUUUGUGACAAAGUAGCUCUUGAAGUGCACCAACACCCUCUUUUGAAAGUUAUUAUUUGUGGAGAUUGCAAUUGUUUAAUGAAAGAAAAGACACAUCCGAAGGAUUUGGCUUAUGAGUUGUCUGAGUGUUACUGUGCAUGGUGCGGUGGAAGCAGUGGCUUAGUUACUUGCAAAUUAUGCAAGAUAUUCUUCUGCACUAAAUGCGUUAAGAAAAAUCUUGGUGUAGAAAUCGAUCCUGAAACUAAGUCUUCUGGAUGGCAUUGUUGUUGUUGCCGUCCGAAUCUUCUACAAAAACUUUCAUUGCAACUAGAGAAAGCUAUGGGAUCUGCUGCUAUACUAGUUUCCAGUUCUGGUAGUAGUGAUUCAGAUAAUUCAGAUGAUUCAGAUUCAGAUUCAGAUUCAGAUUCAGAUUCAAAUUCAAAGAUAAAUGUUACAAUAAGCACUAAAAGAAAACGCAAAAAGAAUAUUAGGAGGAUACUUGAUGAUGCGGAAUUAGGAGAAGAGACAAAAAAGAAAAUAGCAAUUGAAAAGGAACGUCAGGAACGCCUGAAGUCUUUGAGAGUACAGUUUUCUGCCUCAUCAAUUGAUAAUAGCUCGGUUGGCUGUAAUGGGAGUUCAUCUGAAGGUGCAAGCGUUGAAAUUCUCGGUGAUGCGCUGGCAGGUUAUAUAGUGAAUGUUGUGAGGGAGAAAGGGGAAGAAGCGGUUAGAAUACCUCCGAGCAUUUCAGCUAAGCUGAAGGCCCAUCAGAUUGCCGGAAUAAGAUUCAUGUGGGAAAAUAUUAUACAGUCAAUUAGAAAAGUUAAGUCUGGAGACAAAGGUCUAGGUUGUAUUCUUGCUCAUACCAUGGGCCUCGGUAAAACAUUUCAGGUAAUAGCUUUCUUGUACACUGCAAUGAGAAGUGUUGAUUUGGGUUUAAGAACUGCACUUAUAGUCACACCUGUCAAUGUGCUACAUAAUUGGCGGACGGAGUUCAUCAAAUGGGCACCAAUAGAAUUAAAGCGACUUAGAGUCUUCAUGCUGGAAGAUGUAUCAAGAGAUAGGAAGGCACAAUUACUCGCAAAAUGGAGAGCAAAGGGUGGUGUAUUCUUAAUUGGCUAUACUGCUUUCCGGAAUUUGUCUUUCGGCAAGAACGUCAAAGACCGGGAGACGGCUAGAGAAAUUUGCCAUGCUUUGCAGGAUGGGCCGGACAUUCUUGUGUGUGAUGAGGCGCAUAUAAUAAAAAAUACUAAGGCUGACGUUACUCAUGCCUUGAAACAAGUCAAGUGCCAGAGAAGAAUUGCGCUUACGGGAUCUCCUCUUCAAAAUAAUCUCAUGGAAUAUUAUUGUAUGGUUGAUUUUGUACGAGAAGGUUUUCUUGGAAGCAGUCAUGAGUUUAGGAACCGCUUCCAAAAUCCUAUAGAAAAUGGUCAACACACGAAUUCCACUUUGACUGAUGUAAAAAUUAUGAACCAAAGGUCUCACAUCCUCUAUGAACAAUUAAAAGGCUUUGUCCAAAGAAUGGACAUGAAUGUUGUGAAGAAGGACCUACCUCCCAAAACUGUUUUCGUGAUAACGGUCAAGCUUUCUCCCCUGCAAAGAAAAUUGUACAAGAAAUUCCUUGAUGUUCAUGGAUUCACUAAUGUCAGGGGUAACCAUGAACAGCUAAGAAAGAGGAGUUUUUUUGCUGGGUACCAGGCAUUGGCUCGGAUAUGGAACCACCCUGGAAUCUUGCAACUGACAAAAGAAGACAAGGACCGUGUAAGACCUGAAGAUGCUGUUGAGAAUUUCCUUGUUGAAGAUAUUUCCAGUGAUGAAAAUUCCGAUACUAAUGUGCUUGCUGGAGAGAAGUUGAAGUACACAAAUGAUUUGCUGCAAAGGAAGGAUGGUAAUGGUUUUUUCAUAAAGGGCUGGUGGAAAGAUAUUCUUCAUGGAAAAAUUUAUAGAGAGCUUGAUCAAAGUGGCAAAAUGGUUUUGCUAAUUGAUAUACUUACCAUGAGUUCUGAUGUGGGUGAUAAGGUGUUAGUUUUUAGUCAGAGCAUACCAACCCUGGACCUCAUAGAACUUUAUCUCUCAAGGCUAUCUCGACGUGGCAAACGAGGAAAGUUUUGGAAGAAGGGAAAAGAUUGGUAUAGGCUGGAUGGAAGGACAGAGAGCUCUGAAAGGCAGAAGCUUGUUGAGAGAUUUAAUGAGCCUUUGAAUAGGAGGGUAAAAUGCACACUAAUUUCGACCAGGGCCGGCUCUUUGGGUAUUAAUCUUCAUGCAGCUAAUCGAGUUGUUAUAGUUGAUGGCUCUUGGAAUCCAACAUAUGAUCUGCAGGCUAUCUAUCGAGCUUGGAGGUAUGGGCAGAAAAAGCCUGUGUUUGCUUAUCGAUUGCUGGCUCAUGGAACUAUGGAAGAGAAAAUAUAUAAGCGCCAGGUUACAAAGGAGGGGCUUGCUGCUAGAGUGGUUGAUAGACAACAGGUGCAUAGGACCAUAUCUAAAGAAGAAAUGCUGCAUCUCUUUGAGUUUGGUGAUGACGAGAUUCCUGAGACUCUGGCUGAAUUAAGUACAAAUGAUGGGCUUACUCGUGAACAAAGUAAUCCUAUUUUGGCUGGAGAUUCACUGAAACAUACAGUACCUCAUUCAAAUGGAAGCAGUUAUUCUGAUAAGUUAAUGGAAAGCUUACUCAGCAAGCAUCAUCCCCAGUGGAUAGCGAAUUAUCAUUUACACGAAUCCCUGUUACAAGAAAACGAAGAGGAAAGGCUAUCAAAAGAAGAGCAAGAUAUGGCUUGGGAGGUGUAUCGCAAAUCGCUGGAAUGGGAAGAAGUUCAAAGAGUACCGCUUGGUGAGUCUAUGCCUGACCAAAAGCCAGAAGAGUCAAAGGCAGAACACGGUGUAUUAGAAACUUGCAGCAUUUCAACUAAGUUGAGAAAUCGUUUCACAACGCGGAAAUGCACCAACCUUGCGCACUUGUUGACACUUAGAAGUCAGGGCGUAAGAUUUGGAAGCAGUACAGUCUGUGGGGAAUGUGCCCAGGAAAUAAGGUGGGAAGACUUGAAGAAUAAAUAGGAAAUAUAGAAACACGAUGGAUGACAUUGACAUAAUCUGAAUGUUCAUAUAUAAUUUUUUUUUUUGUUGUUGUAAAUUUGUUAUGACAAUGUUUAUAUUCUUUUGUUGAUGAAAUAGAAAUGCUCCUCAUAAAAGAAUGAUGUAGAAAUGUUUAUCUUUUGUGUUUUGGAGUACUGAUAGCUUUUCUUUAACUAUUGAGGAAAUUUUGAUCAGGUGUAUGUCUCAGGGCUAAAAUUUGAAACAGUUAUAAUGCAAAAUAUUAGAUUUAUUAAA